AACAAAAAUAGCUGAGAGGUUUUUGUGUCACUGAGACCUUUCAGAAUCUUCCAACUGCCUACAUUUUUUCCAAACCUUUAAACUAACAAGACUGUUUUUGGAAGCUGGAGAAAACAGGCACUGUAGUGUCAAAAACAGAGUGGAAACAGACAAACAGAAAAACAUUGAUACAGUGUAUUCCUGAAACAAACAAACAACAAAAUAAUUGAAGGAACUCAUUUGAGUGGGAUGGAGAAGUUGGGGUUUAAGUAGGAACAUCUGUGGAGGUUUUUUUCAUUAGACACUGCAAUAACUAUGGUCUGCAACCAGUUUAGUUAUUUAAAUUCCCUACAAUUCCAGUUGUGCCUUCUAUCCGCUUUCCUUUUUUGCAUCUUUUUCAUAUACCAUGACCUGCAUAACUGGGACCUUCACAGACACAUUGAUACACUGCGUGAUGUGACUUCCACCCGUUUAGCCCGAGGGCCUUCGAUGCGCAUCUGGGACAUGUGACUUGUAUUUACGCCCUGAUUGGAGCCAAUCCCCGGGCAGCGUGAGUCACGGGGGCUGGAGCUUUUGCGACCGACUAUUUCAUCCCCCCUGAUUCCGGCCUCUCAGCAGAUUAUUCCUCUCCCUCUGUGAAACGUUCUCUCCACAAGACCUUAGGUACUGACCAUGGCCGGAUCUUCUGUGAGCAACAGCGCAGCGGAGCGGAUCGGAUACAUCACCCGAGUCCAGAGCUUCAGCGCCUGCCACCGACUCCACAGCAUUCACUUAAGCGAUGAGGAGAAUAAAAAAGUCUACGGAAAGUGCAACAACCCCAACGGUCAUGGACACAACUACAAAGUGGAGGUAACGGUGCGUGGAAAGAUUGAUCGUCUAAAUGGCAUGGUCAUGAACCUGACAGAUUUGAAGAAGUGUAUUGAGGAAGUCAUCAUGGUUCCUCUGGAUCAUAAAAACCUCGAUAAGGACGUCCCUUACUUUGCCAGUGUUGUCAGCACUACAGAGAAUGUUGCUGUUUACAUCUGGGACAACAUGGUGAAGGUGCUCCCACCCAACCUGCUGUAUGAGAUUAAGAUUCAUGAGACCGAUAAGAACAUUGUUGUAUAUCGAGGAGAGUAGUAGUAAUGGUUGUUUUAGUAACCCUGAAAGUGCCAUUAAGUCUAGUUUAUUUCAGUCCACUGUUUGCCUACACAUGAUUGCAGGCUCCAGUCUGACUGAUAGCAGAUCAUGAAGACUCCUAGAUGGUAGUUUUACUUUUGUUAACCAAAGAUUUUGUGGCAAAUCCAAAUGUUCAGUAUUUUUUUAGGAUUUUUAUUCCUGUAAAUGUUCAAAAGAUUUAUUUAGACCAAUGAUCUCUACACUUUAUUGUGUAUGACCCCCUAAAAUAAAGCAAGGGGGGUCAAGAGACAGGGUGUGAAAAUAAGUUCAUUUAAAUAAACUGAUGCAGAGAUGCUGUGGACAAACAACGUCACUCAAAGCCAGCCAGAGUCAUUGGCUUAGCAUCCGUGUGCGUAUAGAAUGCACAUUUUUGUGGAUGAACUUAAUGAAUUGUUUUAUUUAUUUAAAGCCUAUUUUUAAGUAGAUCUGUAAAGGCGUACUGUCACAUAUGUAGGGAUGACCAGGUUUAGGUCUUCAAAACUUUGUAUUCACAUAUUUCUAGCACAUCAGUUCCAUAUGUUGUCUUUACGCCCUUUUAAGGUCAGUUUUAGCAGUACUGUAGUAAAUGUUGAGAUUUCACUCAGAUUGCAGUCAAACUCUACAUACGCCUGCAUUUCUAUAGAAUACACAGUGUUUAUCCUGUCAAGAGCGUGCUUCACUACUGCUUCGCGCCCGUGGCCGCAGAAACACCUACACCUACUGGUUGUUCAUCUCUACUUGUUAAAUCAGACUUGUGAAUUUAUUUCUUACAAUAAAGUCAAGCUUUUUGUUGAA